AUGGCACUAGAAACUGUAGUCUAUCAACAAGAUCUGUUUUCUUCUUACACCAGAGAACCAUUUGUUGAUUUGUUCGACGGCGGCGACAGUGGUGGUGGUGGUGGUGGUGGCGGGUACUUGCCGGAGGAGGGUUGCGAUUUCGAUGAACUCGCCACGAAAUUCGACGAGUUUUUCCCCGAAAAUUCUCUAUCUCCAUCCCAACAAUGUAGUAGUCCAAAUGCAUCAAUAUCCGACCUUCAAAUCCCUGACCAUCUAGAAAUCUUCCAUGACCUAGAUCAAGUACUACUACCUCAUCAUCAGCCCCAACAGGACAAAAACUACAACUUUAAUCUCGACGUUUCGCCCCGGUUCAAGCGACGUCGUUCCAGGCCAAAAAAGAACCAGGAAGAGAUCGAACGCCAAAGGAUGGCUCACAUUGCAGUGGAAAGAAACCGUAGGAAACAAAUGAACCAAUAUCUCUCCGUCCUCCGUGGCCUAAUGCCUAGUGGCUAUGCUCAAAAGGGUGAUCAAGCAUCCAUAGUAGGUGGGGCGAUUAACUAUGUGAAAGAACUUGAGCAACAAUUGCAGUUUCUUGAUGGGCUAAAUCAUGCUAAAAAUCAAGAGGGUUCGCCGGGAUCGGAUUCGAUUUCUUCUUCAUCAGUACCCUUCACUGAAUUCUUCAACUAUCCACAGUACUCAACAAAUAUUUCGACCUGCUCAUCGGGGAAUAGCAGCUAUGAUGAUGGGAAUCAUCAUCAUCAUCAUCAUCAUCAUCGUCAUGAUCAAUCAUCAAAUGGUGGAAAUAAUUUCAAUAGUAAUAAGCCCUUUGCAGUUGCUGAUAUCGAAGUUACAAUGGUGGAAAAUAGCCAUGCCAACCUCAAAAUAAGGUCUAAAAAACGGCCUAAACAGCUUUUGAGAUUGGUUUCUGGACUUCAAUCCAUGAGGCUCACUAUUCUCCAUCUCAAUGUCACAACUGCAAAUCAAACUGUGCUCUAUUCUCUCAGUCUCAAGGUAAAAAAAAAAAAAAAAAAAAAGAAAAACUUUCAUUUAGAACCCACCUCGUUUUUCUCAUUCUCUAUGAACCAAAAUCGCGUAAAACGAUCUCAUUUUACUAUAUGAUGAUGAUAGAUACAUGAAGAAGAAGAUGUUUGGUUGUUAUUUAUUUAUUUUGAUUUUGGAAUUUCGUGUAGGUUGAGGAUGAUUGCGCAUCCAAUUCUGCUGAUGAAAUUGCAGCAACUGUGAAUCAAAUUUUUUUAAGGAUUCAGCAGGAAACCGCCGGCUCCACACUGGAUCAUUAAUGGGCUAGCUCCAAUUUUUUUUUAUUGAUAUUAUUGAUGAUUUAUUUAUUCAUCCUAUGUGCUAUAGAAUUAGCUGUUUAGCUUUUUGUUUAGAGUUUUUUUCCUUUUUUUUUUUAAUUGCGGUUGAGUAAUUUCACCAUUUUCUUAUUUUUCCCUUUUAGUUUCCAUGAAUAAUGGAAAAUACAAUCUCAAGUGUAAUAUUUUCCGUAAUGACAACUUUUGAUGAACAUUAUAGUAGUGUCAGAUGUAGCAACUUUAUGGACAGAUGAAUGUUACCAAAAUAUAGUAUUAAAUAGUUA